GCAAAAUCCGCUCUGCUGUCACCAUAUGGCAGCCCCGAGACACCACCAUGCAGGUUCGGAAAGGAUGGAUGCUGGCACUGGCAUUGUUGUGUAGCUGUUUCCUCAACCCAGGGGUGGCGUCAUCAUCAAGCUCGAGUGCCACCCCCUCCCCCACAUCGACGCCGAGCCCAUCGUCGACACCCAGCCCUGGGGCGACACCAAGCCCCAGCGGCACGCCGGCACCAACCAGCGCCACGCCAUCCCCCGGAGGGUCGUCUAGCAGCACCAGCAGUAGCAGCACCAGCAGCAAUAGCAGCACCAGCGGCACAAGCAGGGGUACCGUGGUGGCGUGGGCGUUCUUCACCGUGUUAUUUGGCGUGGCGCUCUUGAUGUUCCUGUACAAUCGCGAGCAAAACAAGAGAUUGCGGGCACAGCGCGGGGAUUACCUUCGGCAGAGUCUGGCGUCGAAUGACACCAUGAAUCCACCGUAUCACCAACCAGAGCCACUGCACGGACACAAGCCGGAUCCCACCAUGUCUUCGUUUUAACAUCGUACAUAUUAAUACUGGUGUAGGUUGGACGUUCGCCUGGUGCCAGCAUGGCUGACUCUGCCUGGGUGGCUUGGUGAAGUGCUGUAUUUCGUUCAUCGUUCGGUCUGUCGAGUUCAACCCAGUUAGGCAAAUGAAGACACCCAACGGAAUACCCAUUGGUCAAACUUCAGUGAUGCUAUCGUGCUUGCGUGGUUGCUCCCUCUGCUACUUGUUAUUCCCUGCUGUGUGUUGGCCGCCAAUUCGUUUGCUACAUUGUUGUCGUGUUGCCAUCCAGUAUUGUUGUUACUUCUUUACCAUGUUGAGGCUUUGCUGGCAGCACGUGGCAUCGUGGUCGCGGUGAACCAAGCAGAUUUCAUCCCAUGUUGGGGGUUGUUGGCCGUGCUCACCUUCGUCAGUUUCGUGGAAGUUGUUUUGUAUUUGUGUGGUGUGCUUCUCGAAGCAUCGGCUUUUAUUUCAAGUGGAGAGGUUUGUCCUCUUCUGUCUCCAAGUGUCCUGGGCGAGAGGACAGUAUCGAAGAGCCGGGAUGUCAAACACGCACGGCUGCUCUUGAGGCACGAUUCGUCGGAAAAUACUACGUGCUGGUAUAGCGCGAGCUUUUUGAAGGGCGGUGUAGCUGACCAACCACAAACUACGAUCGUAUCCCUGUGCGCCUCCUUGAUAACGAACAAGGUUAAAUAGCGCUCCUCCGUUCACGUGUGUGGGCUCUGCGGUGGUCUCCGUGCUCGGCGCCUCGCUGGAUUUUCGGCAGAAGAAUAGCCCGCAGGAAGAGAUUCACUCUGUGAAAUAUUUUCGUGAGUGAGCCGCGGAUGCAAGCCACAGCGGACCAUAUUGUUGCGUGGCUCAUCACGAAGCUGUUGUUUGGAAUGUGUGUCUCCAGACUCGGAGUGAAGUUGUACUCUCACCGGUUCGACUAAUAUGCUGUACCCAAUGAGACGUAUCUGUAGGUGCAACAAGUACAUCAGCCUGGCAAUGUCGUGAGGGGGUCGUGAAAAGCACAGGGUUGGGCAAGAAGAGCGCCAAGUGUUAUAUGCGGUAGAGUUCAUAAUCAAGGCCGUCAUUCCGGCAACAACCUUGUUGUGUCGUGACUCCGUUGUUGAGGGCUUUUUUCCGC